AUUGUGUUCUAAUCCCCACAGAAAUGGUGAAAUUUCCGAGCCUCACUCUACCCGAAAAUUGCAACCAGUGCGCAUCUAUGUAAAUUCACAAAAUCUAUAAAGUAGGAGCCACCUGCCUUCGUUUCGCGCGGAGGAGCUGCAACAUGCCUUGCAUAUUUAAUCCCGGUUACAUUGGACCAGAUCCGCCCUGCUGUGACCCGGAUUGCUUGGAGGAGGGCCACUGCACGGUUCCGGAGUGCGGGGUCUGUCCGGAGUCCCAACUACCCCGAUGCAACCCCGCCCCUGAGCCGAAAAAGAAGCCGGACCAGCCAGCACCGGAAAAGAAGCCCCAGAAGGAGCAGCAGUGAAGAAAGAAGGCGGAGUAGUGAAAAGCUUCUAACAAUAGCCUCUCGUACUUUGGAGAUGAGUCCAACAUCCACCCAAACGGCCACUCCUUUCGAUAUGUGGCUAAAAUAUUAUAAUCACUUUCAUUACAAAAUUACCGAACGGGAUUAAUUAAAACUUCUUAGUAAUUAUCUCUUGCUAACA